GGACUAUUCUCUUCUACCCUUUAUCCUCUUCCAUAUUUCUCUCUGAAAAUCUCUAUACCUUGGAAUCCCUUUUAGACAACAGAGAGGGAGGCCAUGGAGAGGCUUCUGUAUUCGUCCUCUCCAACCCCUCUGAAAACCCAACUCAAACAACAACAAUCGUCUCCUUAUCUAUCUCGACUGGGACGAUUUCACUCUUCAAGACUUGGUCUUUUCUCAUCGCCUCGCUUGGAUUUCAGGCGGGUAUCCUCACUUAUCUGCAGAAAUGAGAACCCAGCAAGUCCUUGCAGAAAAUUGUCGGCACUCUCUGUUUCCCGGGUUGACUCGUCAGUUGGGUCGAUACCCAAUUCCCAUUUUCUCAAGGAGAUCCCUAAUGACGGCUCUACGCAUCAAAAGGCAGUAAGUGCCCGGACAUUCGUGGUAUUCUCUGCUCUCGUUGUGGCCUUGCUCCAUCCAAUUUUUGCAUCACCAGCUUUUGCAACCUUCCAAACUGCAGCUAAGACUGCUGGUGGUGGUGCUGCUGCUGCUGCAGUUGGGAGAAAACUGAUUCGAACUGAGUUACUAAGUAGUGCUUGGACUGGUUUCUUUGCUGGCUGUUUACAUACGCUGUCAGGUCCUGACCAUCUAGCUGCUUUAGCUCCACUGUCAAUCGGUCGUACUCGAAUGGAGAGUGCUGCCGUUGGAGCUCUAUGGGGCUGCGGUCACGAUGCAGGUCAGGUCAUCUUUGGUUUACUAUUUCUACUUUUAAAAGAUCAGCUACAUAUUGAAGUUAUCAGAACUUGGGGCACAAUAGUGGUCGGUUUGACUCUACUCGUUAUUGGUGCUAUGGGAAUUCGAGAGGCUUCUGAGGUUCCUACUCCUUGUGUUGCUCUUGGGAAUGGCGAGUGUGACAUUGGUGUAUACGAAGAGCUUCAGAACCCCAAAGCUGGAAAGAAGAAGGUUGGCUUUGCUACUUUUGCCACUGGGAUUGUGCAUGGGCUGCAACCGGAUGCACUAAUGAUGGUAUUGCCUGCACUUGCUUUGCCUUCUCGUAUGGCUGGUGCUGCUUUUCUUAUUAUGUUUCUAGUCGGGACUGUAUUCGCAAUGGGAAGCUAUACAGUAUUUAUUGGAUCAUGUAGUCAGGCGUUAAAAGAUCGGGUACCUAGAAUUACUGAAAAACUCACUUGGGCUUCUUCCCUGAUCGCAAUUGCUUUAGGCCUUGCCAUAAUCAUUAGCCAGUUUUUUGGAUUGACCCUGUACUGAUCCAUCUGAAUAUGAAGAUCCACUUAUCAGAAGUUUAUUUUUAGUGGUAGAAAGAGAUUAGAAAGGGUCAUUCGAUUUGUUUAAUGAGAACUCUAUUUGGGCAGCUAUCUUUCUCAAUGAGAAUCAUCAUCCUUAAUUUACCUGAUUUCAGUUUUCAAUGUUUGUAAUUUUAAGUACGUUCGCAGUAAAAGUCCUCUGGAUUUUGGAA